AUGGCAUGGCGGGCUGCCACAUUUACGGAGUCCAGUAGAAUCUUGAUCGCCUCCGCUUCCUCCUCCUCCUCCUCCUCCUCCUCCACCAUCACCUCCUCCGCCACUAUCACCUCCUCCUCCUCCUCCUCCUCCUCCUCGUCGGUCCCCUCCGGCUCUCAUCCAUCCUCCUCUCCUCCCAUCAACACAUCUUCGGAUUCACCUACCACCUACCACCUACCACCUACCACCUACCACCUCCCCCCUUCUCCCCUCCCCCCUCUCCCCUCCCCUCCAUCAGAUGCCUUCAUUACCACUCCCCGUCCAUCACCCCUAAUUUUGGUCGAUCAGAUCGAUUGGACCUUGGCGAGGAUUCCCCAUUGCAUAAUUGCAUAUGAGAUACCGAUACUGAGAGGACCACGAUUUGCAUCAACCUGGCUAGUACAUCAGAGACGAGCACCACAUCAGCUGUGUACGACCGGUCCCCCGGCACGACCAAAAACAUCCCGCCGAGUCCUCUCCAGUCCGUCCCCAUCCCUCUCUAUCCGCAUCGGCAUCGGCAUCUGCAUCUGCAUCUUCAUCUUCAUCUUCCUCAUCCUAUCCGCGUUCGCGGCCGCGUCCUCUCCCGCGAGACAUGCAUUGAGAGCCACCGACGAUCUUGCAACGUGA